CGAGGACCCCAGGAGCGCCGCGUCCCCUGCCCCGCGCCGGCCCCGCGCCUCCUCCCCGGCCAGCAGCGGUGGGUGCGCGGCGGGCUGACCUCUGCGGAGGCGGCGGGGGCUCAGCAUCGGGCCGGGGCCGGGGGGGCGCCGGGGCCGGGGGGCGGCGCUCCGGCCCGGCCCGGCCCCGCCCGAUGUCCAUGAGCGCGAACACCAUGAUCUUCAUGAUUCUGGGGGCGUCGAUCGUGAUGGCCAUCGCGUGCUUGAUGGACAUGAACGCGCUGCUGGACCGAUUCCACAACUACAUCCUCCCGCACCUGCGGGGCGAGGACCGCGUCUGCCACUGCAACUGUGGCCGGCACCACGUCCACUACGUGAUCCCGUACGACGGGGACCAGUCUGUGGUGGACGCCUCGGAGAAUUACUUCGUGACAGACAACGUCACCAAGCAGGAGAUCGACCUAAUGUUGGGGCUGCUACUCGGCUUCUGCAUCAGCUGGUUCCUGGUGUGGAUGGACGGCGUCCUGCACUGCGCCGUGCGCGCCUGGAGGGCCGGCCGACGCUACGACGGUUCGUGGACCUGGCUGCCCAAGUUGUGCAGCCUGCGGGAGCUGGGCCGGCGGCCACACAGGCCGUUCGAGGAGGCGGCCGGGAACAUGGUGCACGUGAAGCAGAAACUCUACCACAACGGCCACCCGAGCCCGCGGCACCUCUGAGCCGCGCGCAGGACUCGCGGGGCCGCCGGCCACCGCGCCCACGCUCACGGGACUGGACGGCCGGCCCGGGCCAGGGCGCCCAAGGCUGUCGGGCGCGUCCGGCGGAAGGUGCUGUCUCCUCUUCUUUUUAUAAAGGGGGUCGGGGUGGGGCGGGGGCAGCGGCACCUGGGAUGCAGGCGGGGCCACGUGCCCAGCCUGGGACCACGUCAGCCGCUUGAAGCUGGAGGCCUCCUGUGUGCCUGCGUCUGUCUCUCCGUUCAUCUGUCUGGUUCCCGGAGCUGGAGCCAUCUUUGCUGGAGGAGAGCGCGGCCGGGAGCCGGGCGCGGCAGGGAAGGGGUGGGACCCUGGUGCACCCACGUCUGCACACGGGAGCACGUGCAUGAGGCGUGUGCGUUCACAGGGCCCGCAGUAGGGGCGUGGGGCAGGGGCCCGGGGUAGGCCCCGGCCCAGCAAUAAGGCCCCUGAACCCUGCUGUGGCAAGUGUGGUCACCCUGCCCAGGGCAUCCCCGGUCGGGCGCCUCACUGUGACUCCCACCCCUGCUGGUCAGUAAAUUCUCCAGAAAGCUCCA